CUUUCAUUUUAUAGCGCGAAAAAAUUCCUCUGGUUUUAGUAAGUCUAGGCGUGGUGUUACAUCUUUUCAAGUAGGUUGCUUUCUACCGGCAUGGAGGAAGAAGACAAGACGAAUUCCAACCGUGACGUUACCAGCCACCAAUUUGUCGGAAAAACACCACAAAAAUCUUGGCAGCGGCGUGAUAGUGGCCAUAGCGGUGGCGGUGAUUGAGGAUUUUGGAGGAGAUAAUGUUGAUUAUUGGCCUUUUUUCAAAACAGAUGAGAUAUUUGAUAGUGUUCAAAAGGCUGUUAACUAUGCAGUCGGUAUGGCAACUAUCUGUGGUUUUGCACUUAUUAUUUCAAAGCACUCAAAGGGAGGAACAUUGAGGAUUCUUAAGUGUAACCGAGGGGAACAUUAUCGAGGUAAUAAACUAUCCAAUCUUAUUAAUGUUGUCAUGAGAAAGUCGAAAACAAAAUUUACCGGAUGCCUGUUUGAGAUGAAAUUGAAAAAAGUGACCGGAACGAAAGAUUCCUGGAGUGUAUGUUUUUCUCUGGAUGACCGGAAGGGAUACCAUAAUCAUCCGAUGGUUUUGUAUCCCGAGGGUCAUCGACAGUUCAGCGGAUUGAGUGAAAAGGCGAGACAGAUCGUCCGUGACAUGACAGCUGCCCAGGCAAGACCGGCGGUAAUAUUGGCAGCGAUACAAGAGAAAUACCCGUCUGACAACGCGGUUCGUCAACAGGUUUACAACUAUAGGGCUAGAAUCCGAUCAGAGAGUUUCGAGGGUAGAGAUGUGACUUCCCAGCUUAUGCAUCUGGCUAGCCGGGCUAAUUACAUAGUUUUCACCGAUUCUGAUAAGGACACACACACCUUGACAUGCGUGUUCAUGUCGCAUCCUCGGUCAGCCCUUCUCUUUCAGACAUAUUAUUGGUACAUCGGUAUAGAUUCGACGUACAAAACCAACAG